CCUCUUCGCCCGCGAGCUGCUAGCGUCCGCCGGGGGCCUCAUGCGGUUCUCCUUAGCUCUCACGGUCAGCCCGAGGGACUCAGAACUCCUCCAGGAAGUAACAUGGCCAAAGUGAACAGCGGUGCCUCCGGUUGUCGGGCCAUGGUGAAGGCGGGGAAGUACCUGUCGAGCCCGUCUUCCACGAGCUGGUAUUCCGGCCAGCGUCAGCGGGAGAUGUUCAGUCCACAGCGCCGAAUGGCGAGCGCUGACGCGGCAGGGACGGGAGGAAAAACCGCGGCUUUGGCCCAGCAGGAGCAGCUGGGGUAUUUCUCCCCUACAGACAGGCACAUGCAGGCCAACCGGAACCUCAUUUACCGGGACGUGAAGGCUUUUCUCAAUGAAGUUGGUGGAAACCCCCGGGAGGCUCGGUACUGGCUCACUCAGUUCCAGAGGGCGAGCUCGGCUCAGUCUCCUGCCUUCGCUGUGCUGGAGGUGGACAGCUCAGUUUUCUCCAGCAGGGAAAUGGUUCAGAGUCUGGCCUUCGGGCUCUCCUUCCUGCAGCGGAUGGAUAUGAAGCCUGUGGUGGUGAUGGGUUGGUCUGAGUACGAGCAGACGGGGCCCACCGAGCCGACGGCCGGGUCUCGCUGCACCCGAGGGCUGGUGGAGCGAAGCCAGCAGCUGACCGAGGCUCUGCAGCAGCACUCGGCCACCGUCCUGCCACUCUUCUCCGCUGAGUCCUUCCUCCUUCUGCAUGAAGCCCCACAUGGGAGCAGUGCUCCACCCUCCAUUGCUGUGGACACCAGCCUCCUCCAGUGGAGUCUGAACUGCGGGACGAUCCCAUUGGUCUGUCCGGUGGGGCGGGACGGGCGAGGUUGCUCGGUAAUGUUGGACCCGACGGAUGUGACUGCAGCUAUUGCCCGAGCUCUGCAACCCCUCAAAGUCAUGUUCCUGAACCACUCGGGAGGUCUUCACAGCCAGGAGAACAAGGUGCUGGACACAGUGUCGCUGCCUAGCGACCUGCCCGGCCUGUCCACGGCGGCGUGGCUGAGCGCCGCGGAGCGCCGCAGGGUGUCGGCCAUAGCCAGGCUCCUCAACCAGCUGCUGACGGAGUCGUCUGCCGUCAUCACCUCGGCGGACACGCUGCUGACGGAGCUGUUCAGCCACAGAGGGUCGGGGACGCUCUUUAAAAACGGAGACCCGAUACAUCGUUACAGCUCUCUGGAUGGGAUUGACGUAGACCGUCUGCUGGCUCUCAUCAAUAAGUCGUUUGAUAAAAGUCUGAGGCGAGACUACAUCGACACCCUGAAGGGACGACUGCACUCCAUCUACCUCUCUGAAGACUACAGCGCGGCAGCCAUCGUCACCAUGGAGCCGGUGAACAGCGGCACUCCCUACCUCGACAAGUUUGUGGUGAGCAGCAGCCAGCAGGGCCAGGGCACCAGCCACAUCCUGUGGGAGUGUGUCAGGCAGGACCUGGGCAAACUGUUCUGGAGGUCCAGAGCCACCAACAGGAUCAACCCCUGGUACUUUAAACAUUGUGAUGGCAGCUAUGUGAAUGGGGUGUGGACUGUGUUCUGGUUCGGUCUGACAGACAUUAGAGAUUCCUAUGAGCUGGUAGAGUAUGCCAAGGACCUCCCGGACUCUUUCCACGUCUCCGCGUCUCCCACCUCCACCGCUGGACCCUGACCCCCCCCCGCUGCUUCUACCUCUACAGAUAUUGUUUACACAUUCUGUUUGCAAUGACCGGACUGUUCAUUACCUUGAAACUUGGGCAGGACUUCCGCUCUGCCUAUAAAACAGUUGUUUGAUAUUUUGUGUGGCUCUGUAGAGUUCUCAUUACAACAAAUGGCCGCAGGUUGGAAUUGAACCCGUGGCUGGUGAGGUAGGGACUGUGCCUUUGUACAUCUAGCAUGGUCAACAUGGUGAGCUACCCGGGCACCCUGGGCGCCCAGAGAGCCUUCUAAAACUCAUUCAAUCAAUAUUUGUGAGCAUAAGCAUCUGUCUCUCUAAGCCAGACCCCAGAGAGUACGUCACCAGCGUGGGAUGGCUAUAGUGUGGAGGUGGAAAGAUGGCGGACUUUAGCAACGAGUGGCACUCACGGAAGACAAAGCUCUCCUUGUCCCUGUUUCCAUGCAUUUCUGGAAAUGCCAACAGGA